UAAUCUGGCGAUGUUAUUCUGAUAGGCCCGUGGCACACGCACUUUCUUAUCUCCCUUCAUGGCAUCUGCAGAACACUUGCCGGAGUUACUGCUUGUCUGUGACUCGGAGCGAUGCGGCUGUCUGUGAUACCGGUAACCUUCGCUCCGAGUCGGAAGGCUCCGAUCGUGCAGGCCGAACUUUUUCCUCGGGCAGCUGCACCAACAAACAACAGGUCUACGGCACGGGGCUGGCUGUGAGACACAGCAAUCUGUUCGACUGACUUGUGUUUGAAGUGUCUCUUAAUUUUCGUUUCAAUCCAUCUAUGUUUACAUGCGGCAGGGCAACAGAGAGGGCGCGGAUUAGUCCUCGGUUCACUCGAAACAAUACAUCCUGGUGUGUUCGGGACGUGGAUUGUUUAGCUGUAAGCUGGUGGCACAUCUUGAGUGUGGGCAGGAGUGGGGCAAACACGGCAGAACGUGCAACACACAAGUCAUCGGUGUCAGCAAAUGGUUCCAUAUGUGGAGGAACUACCACACAGUACCGUGUAAAAGUUCGUGUUAGACCACAAGUCAGACGCCUUUCCCGCCAAGCCCCGAAGGCCACCUUUGUACCUGUGCCUAAAACUAAUGGGAGGCAUCUGCGACGAGAGGUGGUGACACCGGAAGCGGUUCCGAUUUCUGGUGAACGACGUAACCCGGGUCACGCCCAACGCCUGUCAAUGUGCUUAUAAGCAUAAUGCAAACACCUCCCGCGUCACAGUGCCACUAGCUACAACCGCAGCAGCACUACGGGAAGACCAGCUUCCGACUGACUGAGAUCUCCCUCCAGACCCAGCCUAGUGGCAUCCAUGUGACACACGUACGCGCGCCGACAUGGAUUUUCGCCUUGUUCUACUCGUGGCGGCGGCGGCCUGCUUGCCGUCGGCCUGGUCGGGGCGUCGCCAGGAUGAAGCCGGGAACAACCUGUGGACGGAGGCCGACUUGGAGCGCUGGCCGAGAGACUCCGAGAACAACUUCGCCUUUUGGGAGAACCUGUCCCGACGGUGGCAGAUGGUUCGCGUGGUGCAGUUGUACUGCAGGACGGGUUAUCACCUGCAAGUUUUCCCUGACGGAGCCAUCAACGGGACCCGCCAGGACGCCAGCCCGUGGGGUAUCAUGGAGAUCCGGCCCGCCGGUCUGGGCAGCGUGGUGAGCAUCAAGGCGGUGUUCAGCGGCAGGUACCUGGGCAUGAACAGCAAGGGAGACCUCUAUGCAGCGGACAAAAUUGGCGAGGAGACAGCCUUUACGGAAUGGACGGACAAGGCUGGGUACAAAGUCUACGAGUCCAUACUGUAUGGACAUUCGGGUCCUGAGGCCAGGAAAUUCUGCGUGGCCCUGAACAAGAAUGGGAAACCGAGGAACGGGCGCAGGACCAAAAGGUCCCGGGCCUCCGCCCAGUUUGUCCCGCGUAAUAUGGGGGAAGGGGAACAACCGCGCCUGCCAGCCAACAGAGCCAUGAGACUUGUCAGGCUCAGGAAGAAACAGAGGAAAAAUCGUAGACGAAACAGAAGAAAACAGAAGCGACCAUCUAAGCAGUGAAGUAUGCGACAAAGGACUUCAAUAAUAGAGAUAGAUAGACAUGUGCAUUGCUCCAAAUGAGAGGCUAGCAUCUGGUGAGAGACUCAGUCAGGAGUUGCAACUACUUUGGACGUUCAAGUUCACUCUUCUAUAUGUCAACUCCGAGCAGACAGUUCCCUGAAUGCAACGAAUAUUCUUGCCGAAUUUAAAAUUCUCCAAACAUUUGGUCCAAGUUGACGACACGCAUAGUCCGCAAGAAUGGAGUCCUGUCCCAUGGCGACGCUCAAGUUACAAACACUAGACCAGGAAAACAGAUACUUCCAAGUACAACUACCAAUCUAACCAAGGCUUGAUGACAGCGGCAACUGAUGUUCUGAAUCACAAUACAGUGCCAAAACAAAGAGAGAAGCUGACUGUCUCCGAGGCGGUCGCAAGAGACUAGAUGACUGACGACAACGUGUACAACUACACUGAAAAUGAGACUUUCCAGGGACUUGGUUGUGAGUGGUGUAACUCCACAAAAUAUACUGGUGUUUGCGUAAUAUUCGAUAGCGUAAGGACUUGGUGACCCUUUUUUAUCUUCGUUUAUUUAUCGCCAUACACAUUGUACUAUACUCUAUAGGCCGCCAUGAGAGUCUGUAGUGUAGCCACAGUCUUGCUGACACGUGAUAGGGAGUUACUUCGUCUUUUCGGAGACCAAGUGAAGACUCGAGAUCACAGAAUAGUCUAGUCAUGAUGGUCACAACAUUUAUCUUGGUAUGUUGGAUUAUGCAUUACUGAAUAGUUGUGUAGAUAUAAAACAGUGCCAAAUCUCCUUAGUUGUGCUAUUGUGCCCUAAAGUGUAUGCCAGCACAUGGCUCACAUUGAUUUACUGACAUUCGUAAGCCACGUAACCUUAAAUAGCGACAGGUGUCAGUCAAAGAUUACCAGACCCAGAAGUGUCCGUCACUUCUAAGAAACUAGCCUCGUCGCGCCAACAACCCAUACAGUGCCAACUCGUUCAAUGGGGCAAAAAAAGCUACUUUUCUAAUUUCCAACUUGCAGUCUAUCUUUGUCAGACGUGGGGGACAUCAAAGCGGCGAUAAGAACGGAGAAUUGGGGACUUUACAGGAGCGACGACUGAUCGGCACGUCCGCCUCCGCUGUCCGCCCACAUAGCGACCUUCCCUCUCUCUCAACUUGUUUGUGGUUGUUUCACAGUCAUAAGCCUUCUGGUUUACAGAGGCCCUUUUCGUAACCUGCACCUUUUUCUAAUAAGUUUCUCUAUCUCCCAAACCAUCACACCGAGUUAUUUGACUCGAAGACGUAAACUAGCUGCAUGUGUGUUCGAAAGUGAUGAUAGAGGACUCGAAGAAUUGAAAGAGCCCGUUCUCUUUUUAAAUUAUUGUCGGGGUGCAAGCCCUACGUGGCUUUUGACCCCACGUAAGUGAGGAGACAGGAUGAGACAGCGGUGAAUUCCAAAGGGAUUAUCUCCUGUUUCCACUUAAUAGACUAAGUAACUUGAUAUACUCCCGGGUUGCGAAAGAAAGUUGUAUAUUUGUCCUGUAUAUAACAUCAUAUGUGAAGUAAGACACUGUUUUCAUUAUAAGACAGACAUAGCUUCAACUCAAUCCACCGACACAGCAGGAGGUAACGUGGACGUCAGGGUGUUUUUAAACUUGGCAGUGUUGAUGUAGACCUAGGGGGACUUGAGGGGACAUGCUGAACUUCCCAUGAAAACGGACGAUAUUGUGCUAUUUCAACUUGGAUCGUUUUGAGAAAAUGAUGAUGAGGCAGUAAAAAUAUUUUACGAGCGGCUUUGGCAGUUUUGAGAAGGAUCACAUAAGAGUUUAGUCAAUUUAUUCCCCUCAUAAAAUUAUAAACAUUUUUAUACCCUGACCCUGCAAUGCAAUGUAUAUGAGCUUGCUAAUCUGUGUCGAAUACAAAGGUAAUGUGACUUGUUAAUUGUUCCAAUAUCAUUUAACAUAACGUACAAAUAGUUGUCAGUAUUGUCAGUCGAGACAGUUUAUACAAAUGGUACCUAACGUUAGCAGCGACAAACACUGUUGUUGUGCUUCCAAAAUUAUGUUAUCAGUUUUUGCUACCGAGGUAUGACAAAGACAGUAUCCCGUCGUGUUAAUUUGUACAAAUUAAUCCUACAUUGAAGUAAAUAAAGCGAAUAAUAUGUUGAUUAA